CUAACCCGUCGUCAUUGAAGCUAAUAUCGCAAAAUGCAAGUGCUUAUGUAUGUACCUGACAUUCAUAUCAAAUUCUUCAAUGUUCACAUUAGCGAGAAUCCAAUGAGACAUUCCCUAUUUGUAACUUUUGAAUACCUCUUAUAGUCGAUUCUUGAGUUUGCAUCAUUUCAAUAUUAAGAUGGUCACACUACCUAGGUACCUUUCAUCCGAUCUCACCGCCAAGAAGUCGAGGCCAUCAGAUCUAAUUACCUAAGUCAGAUGGCCAGAUUUGAAGCCACAGCAUCAAUCACAUGAGGCUGAGGCACGUACCUUUUUGUUUACAUUCAAUCAAUCUUUCACUAUCUGUUAUUUUAUUAUUUAUGCUAGAAAGAAAUUUAUAGCAUCUAGAUUUGAGUUGAUGGUAUUUAAUAAUUAACUAAGCUGUACUUUCUUGUAAUACUUAGUUACACAAAUCUGCUUUUUACCUUUUAGUCUUUGCCAUGCCUGAGAUUGCCGAAGUCGCUCGCGUCGUCCAUUUCCUACGCAUACAUUUAACUGGUAAGACCAUCAGUAAGGCGAUAGCUCCAGACGAUAGCAAUGUAUUUGGGAAAGUUGGGACGAGCGGUCCUGCAUUUGAAAAGGCCCUCGCGGGGAAGAAGGUCGUAGAAGUCGGGAGUCAGGGGAAGUAUUUUUGGAUGGUAUUGUCUAAACCGCCACACCCGGUUAUGCAUUUAGGAAUGUCCGGCUGGGUUCAGAUUAGGGGUAUACAAACAGGAUAUACGCGCUACAUCGAGAGGACAAAAAACGACAAAGAGCAAUGGCCCCCCAAAUACUGGAAGUUCCAGCUUGAGACAGACAGCGAUCCCAAAGUAGAAGUCGCCUUCACCGACUUCCGCCGCUUCGGCCGCAUCCGUCUUGUAGAUUGUCCCGGGGAGGAAAUUCGAAAACAUUCGCCUCUAGUAGAGAACGGGCCAGAUCCGGUUCUCGACAAAGACGUGUUUACCGAGGACUUCUUGCGGCAGAAGAUGAAGCGUAGACACGUCCCCAUCAAAGCCCUGCUACUGGACCAAGCCACGAUUAGCGGGAUAGGCAAUUGGGUCGGUGAUGAAAUCAUGUACCAAGCCAAACUUCAUCCGGAGCAGUACUGCGACGACUUCGACGACGCGGAUAUUAGCACAUUAUACAAGGCUAUCAAGUACGUGUGCGAGACCGCGGUGGAGAAAUUAGGAGACUCGGAUGAGUUCCCGGAAGACUGGCUGUUUAAGCACCGCUGGGGCAAGGGGAAGAAAGACUCGGCUACUACUCUGCCGAACGGCGACAAGAUUAUCCAUAUCACGGUUGGCGGACGGACAACUUGUGUGGUUCCCAGCGUGCAGAAGAAGAGGGGGCGCACUACUAUCAACAAUGUCAAGGAGGAAUCUGUAGAGGUGGAAGUGGACGAUGGGACAGAAAGCCGUUUCUUUAAGGAGAAGGGGAAGGGGAAGGGUAAAGGCAAGAAGCAAGUAAAGAGUAAAGUAGAGGUAGAGGCAGAGGCAGAGGAAGAAGAGCGUCCAAGCAAGAAGGCUAGGACUACAAAGGCAAAGUCGGCUGCACAGGUUAAGAAAGAGGAAGAGGAAAACGAAGACGAGAAAGAAGAGGGGUAUGAAGAAGAAAAGCCCGCCCCAAAGGCGUCCCGGAAGUCGAACAAGCAGAAGAAGCAAGAAGCAAAACCAGUUAAACCCGAGCUCGAGCUUGGGAGAAGGCGAUCGAGUAGACUCAGUCGUGUAGUGGCCUGACCUAAAAGUUAAAAGGCUGGUGUUACGUUUAUCGUGUAUAAUAACUGAUAUGAGUAUACGGAAUAGACACCACAGCCCCUCUACAGGCAGAGUAUGUAUGAUUACAAACAUCAAUACACCGUGGGCAUCUUCUUUUAAAGGUA